GUUAAUAUGGUAACUUUAACAAGCCCUGCCGGUGGGUGUGUUCGAUGUUUGUUUGUUAUAUGAAGUAACUCUUCUCAGUUUGUUUUGUGGUUUGUUUGUUCUAUAAGUUUGCUUCAAAAUUUGUUAAUAAGAGACAAAUUACAGACAGUUACACACCCAUAAACCUACCAUAUUAAUUCAGGGCGGAUAACAGUUUUUUUAUGUGUUUUGUGGAUAUUUCCGAUUGAAAUCCAUUUACAAAUAACUAAAGGGAAUCAAUAACCUAAGUAAUAAGUUAAAAAUGCCAAAGAAAUCUAAGAAUGGUAUUUUUGCACUGGGUUUCUACAUUGCUGCUUCGUUGUUUACUAUUGUAUCAUUUGUGAGUCCCUAUUGGUUAGUUACCGAUGGGAAAUUGAAGAAUCCUAAGUUUAUUAGGAUUGGUUUAUGGGAAGUAUGUUUCAAUGGGUUCGAGGAGGUUCAUCAUUGGUAUGAUACUGUGUUUACCGGCUGUUGGUGGAUAUUUGAAGAGGAAUAUUAUAUUAUACAUGAUAUACUUUUACCUGGUUUCUUCAUUGUGACUCAGUUCUUUUUCACAAUCACCAUGUGUUGUGUCCUAAUCUCAAUGUUUUUAUCAUAUUUGUAUAUAAUCAAAGACCGAGAUGAUGACAAUUAUGUGACUCUUUUGAUGACACUGGGUACUGUACUUAUAAUUGGAGCAUUCUCAGGUAUUAUUUCUGUGGUGACAUUUGGAGCAAGAGGAGAUGGUCGAGACUGGAUGCCCAACUGGGAACAUAAUGAUCUGAGCUGGGCUUAUGCCCUUGGAGUUAUUGGUGUAAUUAUGCUGUUCCCGGCUGGUAUCUUGUUUUUGGUUGAAGCGAGGGUACACAAAUACAAGAGACUUCAUGAAUUGCAAAGCAGAGACCCUUCAUCUUAUACCAUGAGUGAAAGAAAAGUUGGUUAUUCAGGUGGACACACUGACAUUUGAUUUUAUAGCAUUUAAUAUGAAUAGUACUCCGUCCAUAUGUGUGUGCUUAGGUAUUUUAUAUUAUACAUCUAUUUUUUAUUGUUAUGGAUAGAUAAUGAUAAAAUGAAAUUGAAUCUCAAUGUUUUAUUAUACACAGAUAAGUUUUUCUUUUACAUAAUUAUGCAACAAGCAGAAAUGUGCCUUACAUUUUAGUACCAAACCAAUACAAUAUAUAAAAACAUGUUCUUGACACAAAAUUUUCUACAUACAUACAUACAGAAAAUUAUAAUAUUAUUAUUAUGAUCUACAUUGUUAUAGUUGCUUCAUGUAGUGAAAUAUUUAAAAAAAUAUGAUUUAAGUGUAACUUAUUAGAAAUUCAUAAAAUUGACUCUCAAACUAUUUUUAUAGAUUUCUGAAGCUUUAAUUAUGCUGCAAGCAGUUGAAGUGCUGUACUUCUUUUUUUUUGUAUCCUUAUUUCUUUAAUUAAUAUUUUGUUGUACAAACUAUUGUAUCCAAUUUUCUAAGCACUUUAAAAAAUAUAUAUUUACAUGUCAUAGACCAACUUUUAUCUUUGCUUCUUUUUUUAAUGUAAAAUAAGUUAAACAUAUGUAGUUUAUUUUAUUCUAAAUAAUGAAAGUUAUCAUUCAAUUGGAAUAUGGGAAAACUUAGCUGGGCCUAUAUUUUUAUCUAUCCUUAGAUUAUAUGGCACAGUUUUUUUUGAGAAUAAUGCUGCACGUGCAGCUUUGAAUCCCAUUGCUAUACAUAAAGGUUCAUCCAUUCCAGAUAGAAUGCCAUGAAUUAAUCCACCGGCAAAACAGUCACCAGCACCAGAUACACUUACCACUUCAUUCAUUUGUUCAGCAGGAUAAUAAUAUGCCUCAUUUGAAUUAUUUUUGACAACUAUUACACCAUAAGAACCUAAUGUUACAAUGAGAUUACGGACUGAAGGUAUAAAUUUGGCUAACUUAACAAUUGUACUCAGGUCGUCAGGAAUAUCUAUAUUAAUGUCUGGUUUUAUAAAAUGUACCAUGGCUCUAAGUUCAUUGAGAUUUGGAGAUGCAUAUGAGAGGUAAUCAUACUGAAGUGGCUUCACAGCUUUUCUUGUGUCCGUGGGCUCGAAGAAAACUGUAACAAAAAUAGGCAUAAGUAUGGCAUAAAAGUACAUACAUUUUGUUGUUGUGUGAUUUUGAAUAUAAUUUAAAAGAA